ACAAAGCGAGAGAAGAAAAGUGGCAGAGAAACGACUGAAGCUCCAAACAUUCACCUUUUAAACUGGGAACGCAGGAAGACAGAGACCUGCAGAGGACAGACAGAGACCUGCAGAGGACAGACAGAGACCUGCAGAGGACAGACAGAGACCUGCAGAGGACAGACAGAGACCUGCAGAGGACAGACAGAGACCUGCAGAGGACAGACAGAGACCUGCAGAGGACAGACAGAGACCUGCAGAGGACAGACAGAGACCUGCAGAGGACAGACAGAGACCUGCAGAGGACAGACAGAGACCUGCAGAGGACAGACAUCUGGACAUGCAGACUUUCUGGAUGUUCCGUUGAAGCCUGGAACAGAACCUGGGUUUCCUGGAGGGAUGAGCUGAAGGUUCUGGAGUGAGUGAGAUCGACCCGUUUGAGGUUCCCCUGACUGGACGCCUGCCAGCUGUCCUGGGAUUGAACCGGGCAACCAGUGGGAGCGUUUCAGCCCGGUCCCACGGGGUUCUGGUCCCGCGGGGUUCUGGUCCUGGCCGGGCCCGGCUCCGGCCCAGGAUGCGGAGCUGAGGCUGCAGCAGCAUCAGAUGAUGGUUCUGCCAUGCUGAGCGGCGGUCCAGUUCUGGUGUUUCUGUGGUCUGUGUGUCUGCUGGCGGCACCGAACCGAACCCGCAGGAGGGACCUCUGCUCUCUGGACCGGAUCAAGAAGGUUGAGUCACUCAACAACAUGCUGCCAACGCAGAUGGACUUGAGUCUUUACACGCCUUCAGUUGACGACUACAAGAAAUGUCCCGGCGCCACCUUGAGCUGCUUCACCGAUGAGCUGAGUGUCCUCUGUGAGGAGAUGAAGGCCAGCGGCCUCAACCGCACCCAGCAGAACCUCAGCCAGUCCAUCUGGAACCUGGCUAAGAAAUUUAAUGAGUCGGAGUCGGAUUGCCGUCAGUGUGAACUCCACCCGGAGAAGAGCCCUGAAGAUUUCCUCUCAGUUCUUCUAAACAUUCUUGAAAUGAUUAAUUUUGGAAACUGCUGAGGAGAUGCGACCAGGAGCGUCUGCAGAAUGAAGCCUGGAGGUCCGUUUUGCUCUGGACGGAGCGGGAACCUGAAGCUUGGAGCCAUGGAUGUUCUGGCUGGAAGAAGCUCAGCAUCUCUCCAGACAGAAAGGCGAAGGUCCUCUGAUUUUGACUCUUAGCUGGAGCAGAAUCACAGGUGGAGGUUGGAUGGAGGUUGGAUGGAGGUUGGAUGGAUGCUAGAAGCUCUGGUUGCUCCGCCCCACCAUGUUGUUGAUCCGGAGCGACCCGACUCUUCUGCCGGGGGCUGCAUGGUUCCUGAGGUGGGUGGGAAUGUUGGACAGGCCGACAGUUUCCUGUUUCCUCCACAGCUGGGACGUUAACGGGACACAGAACCUUUGUUUGAGUAGAAAUGCUGUUUCUAAUAAAGAUUGCUUGGCAAGA